AGAUGGCGAUAGCGUUGAUAAUGAAACGAAUUAUGAAUUAUUCGAUCCAUCGGCAGCAGGAAGCAGCAGCACUUUCGACAAAUAUGGCUACGCUUGUAACCGGUGUUUCCACUUUUCUUAAUAUAUUUUCACGAAGUUCAAGAUCGUUAGGGCGUGAUUUUCAACAAAUACGCAAUUAUGUCGGCUGCAGAAUGAGACGCGAUGCCAAGCGUAGAAGAUUGGCUGGAGAAUAUGCGGAAGAAAGAUUGAGAUUGGUUGCAAUGAAGCGAAAUGACAUUUUACCUAUUGAAAUUAAAGAUCUCGUUGAGAAAGAGAUACAAGAAAGAAUUCCUAGACAGACUGCUUUAAGACAAUUGACUUUUCGGUGUGUACUAACUUCGCGACCUAGAGGAAUCGUAUACAGAUGGAGAUUAUCAAGGAUAAUGUUCCGUGACUUAGCAGAUUAUAAUAAAUUAGCUGGUAUACAACGAGCCAUGUGGUAGGACACGAAAAUGAUAAGUUCAUUGAUAAGGAACAAAUUUGAUCUUUAUUUCUUCUCUCGUGUAUGGUUCAUGUUAUAUAUGCCUAGUUAAAAUUGUAAGAAGUGAAAAAUACAAAAAAAAGAAAAGAU